UUAAGCUCCUGCAAAGGCUUUGUGGUGCAAUUAUUGCUACUGUGUUUCAUCCAGAAAAUAGAGAAGAAUGGAUUUAUGGUAAAACAACAGAUUGGGACUCGCAUCUCCUGAGUUUUAUUUUCUGACUGGCAGAGGUUCAGUUCUGACCUUGGAGCACUUCUUAUAUCUGUAUGUCUCACUUCUUCCUCAGCUGUAAAAUAUGCACAACAAUACUCCUCUAAGUAUUUUGACGUACAUGACGUCUUCAUAUUAAAUAGCAGUAGAUAUUAUAAAAGGUCCUAAAUAGACAGUCAAGUCUUAAAAGUUUUUGGGCAAAGGGGCUUUUUAUACAAUACCCAAGGUGCGGGCACCAAGAGAUGUUUGUGACAACCCGUUUUAUUCUCUGACUUGCUCUAAUUCUGUGUUUGACUACAAUUUACAGAGGCUGAGUGUUCCCUGAAAAUGGAGUGGCAGCAGUGACAAUGACAACAGAGGGUCAGCAAGAACAAUCAUGGGUGCUGGAUUAUUCAAAUCAACACCCUGAAGAGGAAAUUUUAAGGCUUUGUGAAAAUUCGGACUGAUUCUUUGCCCUGGCUGUGGUGCUGCAGAGGAAUGAAAUGGAUGACGGGGGGAAGGGAACAGGCCUGACAGACGAAGAGAUCGACCUGGCGUUCCAGCAGUCGGGCACGAGCACGGAUGAGCCGCCGUCCCCAGGUCCUUCUGCACAGCUGGUGCCAGCUCAGCCCCCUCACCCUGUCGUGCACAGUCCACCUGGCUCCAGAUGGCGAGAUUAUGGGGCUUUGGCUAUCAUAAUGGCAGGAAUUGCCUUUGGAUUCCACCAGCUCUACAAGAAAUACCUGCUUCCUCUCAUCAUGGGAGGCAAAGAAGACAGGAAACAACUUCAGAGGAUUGAGUCAAACAUUUCUGAGAUGAGUGGCAGUGUGACACAGACAGUGACUCAGUUACAGACAACUUUAGCAGCUGUCCAGGAACUGCUAAUCCAGCAACAACAGAAAAUCCAGGAGCUCACCCAAGAACUGGCUGCUUCUAAGGCCACAACUUCCACCAACUGGAUUCUGGAGUCGCAGAAUAUUAAUGAAUUGAAAUCUGAGAUCUACUCCUUAAAAGGACUUCUCCUGAACCGGAGGCAGUUCCCUCCCUCCCCUUCGGCUCCUAAGAUCCCGUCAUGGCAGAUCCCGGUGAAGCCAAGCUCGCCCUCCAACCCUGUUGUGGCCAACCACAAUAGCAGCAGUGACAUCUCACCUGUCAGCAACGAGUCCACCACCUCAUCCCCAGUCAAGGAGAACCACAGCCCGGAGGGUUCCAAGGUCAGCUGCCAUCUGCUGAGCGCUGAGGAGGGCAACAAGGCCGUGAUCGACGUCAAGAGCCAAGUGCGGAUGGAGGUGCAGGGUGAGGAGGAGAAAAGGGAAACCAAAAGGAACGAAGAGGAGGAAGAGGACGAUGAGGAUGAUGAUGUUAGCCAUGUGGAUGAGGAGGAAUGUCUGGGUGUCCAGACUGAGGACCGGCGAGGAGGGGAUGGUCAGAUUAAUGAGCAAGUGGAAAAGCUACGAAGACCUGAGGGAGCCAGCAACGAGAAUGAGAUUGACUAAGGCACCCUGGCUGCUGCUGCUGCUGUACAUCUUCCCUCGCCUCCUGCACUGUCCCUGGCGCCUCUCCCGUUUUGUGGAGAGAAGUGCCAUCAUCCCCUCCAGUGAUUCUCCCAUGAUUGACCUUGAGCAGGGUCAUGAUUGCCCAGAGAACAAGGUGGGCCCUGUUUCACCAUAGGGCUUCGCAGUGUUGCAGUGGCUGCUUCUCCCCACCCCCACCUUCUCCCCAUGAGCUGGGGUCACUGCCUAGGCUGGAAGACCAAUCGCCUUACCAUGCACCACAACUACAGAAUAAGUCUCCUACAAAAACACUGUCUCUCCUGAAACAGCCUCUUCGCUGCAUCUUGGAACCCAUCUAUCCAAUUUCAGAAACCAAUCUGUCCUGAGCUCUUUGAUUUCACAAGCCUUUAAUCCCCACAUAAGGCCCAAAUCAGUUCUGUUUCCCAAAAUAACCCUCUGUUUUAUUCCUCAAACUACUUGAUAUUCUGUUGCCAAAAAAAAAAGAAUGUUUUAACCCUGAAUUCUUCACCAGAUCUCAGUCUUGGCUUUUCCAAGCCUUAUGUCAAGACUCAAAUUCAUGAAACAACCUAGCAUCUAAAAGCACUACAUUUCUGUGGGGUCCAAAGAACACUAUUUCCACCCCACACUCAUCAAAGCGGCCUCUUGCUAGAGACCAAGUCCAGGUUUCAUGGCCACAGUAAAAUCCAUGAGAACAGGUGGUUUUGUUACUGAUUGCUCCCAGUAAAAGAAGGCUUUAAAAGAAGCUGGCCCCACUCAUCCCAGUUAUUACCCUUCCUCCUCCAAAGACAAGGAGCUCACAUCAGUUUUUGAGAUAAUUUUAUUUAUAGCUGCCCUGAAUGAAUGAAUGGGGUGAUAACAGAUGCUGAAAUAGUUGGUUAAUUCUGAAUCUUUGAAAUGGUUCUUAUCCUGUUUUUCUUCCUAAAUGAGGAGAAAACCCAUCUUAUGUGAUCGGCUGAGACCUCUCCCUGCCCAGUGAGAGGCCCCUGCUUCAGCAAAGCAGUCUGCGCAGAGCAGAGAGCAGGCCGGCUCUGAGCUACACCACUGGCCCUCCUUGCCCAGUCCAGCCUUUUUUUUUGCCCUGUUUGGGCUAUACACAAAUUAAACCAGUGAAUUUUGAAACCUCUCAUUUGCAGCAUUGUGUUCUCAGCUGGUAAAAUGGUGGCGUCCAAUUAUAUUAUUCACUGCAUCAGAGCCUCUUAGCAGAACAAUUCUUGUAACAACUGAGUCUCACUGUCCUCACCAAGCAAGUGUGCUCGUCUGUGUGAUCAUGUAUAGAUUUCAAGUAUAAAAUACAAUUGUAUAUAAUUGUAAUAAAUAUGAGUUACCACUAUUUAACACCA